UUGCGUAAGAUUAAGAACAUUAAGUAUAACAUCACCUAUCACUUGGGAAUUGGGAUGGCUCCAGUUGAUUUGUUCUGUUUCCUCUUCUUCUCUCACCUUGUAAUCAUUCUCUCUGCUGGUUAUGGAAAUGGGCACCAAGAUUGUCCACACUCCUUUACUUGUGGCCAUCUUGGUACUUUCUAUUACCCUUUCACCAAGGCAGAACAACCACACUGUGGCUUGCUACCGAUACAUGAUUGUGAUAAUCCUCAUUCACCCAUUAUAACGAUCCAGCUGGAGAAAAAUGGAAAAAACUUAGAGCUUAAUGGCAUCACGCAGCAGAAUGCGAUUUCGAUUUUGGAUGAAGAUUUUCAUAAGAGUUUACAACAAAACACUUGCGGCACUUUGAACAAUAAUUAUAGUCUUCCUUCCCCUUCUCCUUUGUAUUCUAUUUAUAUAAAAUAUAACGUAACCCUGUUCCGAUGCAAACAGGGCCUCAAAAUCAACCAACCACCAAAACAUUAUUUGAAAUACCCGUGCCAUGGCUAUGAGUAUGAUAUUUAUUAUGACAGCCUUCCCUCUCCAAAUAAUGAGGAGGCUCAUAACUUAUUCUCAUCCUGCUCAGUUUUUCAGUUACCAUCAAAAGACAAGACGGAUACCAAAGACAUUCUAUCGUUUGUAACUGCUGAGAUGGUUCUUCAAGUACUAUUAUCUAAUGAUUGUGAUGAGUGCUAUAAUCACAGAGGAGGCCAAUGUCGGCUUGACAGCAAUCAAAAGUUCUACUGCGACACAGGGUCAAAAAAGAGUAAGGAUAAAAUUUUAAAAUUGAAGCUGAUACUCGGACUUGUAACAGGUUUAAGUGUUAUAUUCUCAGUUAUUCUAAUCAUUGGAUGCAUACGUAAACACAGUCCUUCGAACCCCCAAUCCCAAUCAAGAAACAGACACACGGAUGUAAUUGAUCCAAGAUCAAAUCCAGACCCAGAAAAUGGGAGGGUCUACUUUGGAAUCCCUCUCUUCUCUUACAAGGAGCUUGAAGAAGCUACAUAUAAUUUCCACCACGCCAGACAACUCGGAAGUGGAGGCUUUGGAACAGUUUACUAUGGAAAACUUCGAGAUGGAAGAGAAGUUGCUGUGAAACGCCUAUAUGAGCACAACUGCAGGCGAGUAGAACAGUUCAUGAACGAAGUUCACAUCCUCACACGCUUGCGCCACAGGAAUCUGGUGUCCCUCUAUGGCUGCACCUCACGUCAAAGCCACGAACUACUUCUUGUGUACGAACAUGUUCCAAACGGCACCGUAGCAUGCCAUCUCCACGGUGAUUUAGCUAGGCGCGGCACUCUUCCGUGGCACAUAAGAAUGAAAAUCGCCAUAGAGACGGCAAGUGCAUUGGCUUAUCUCCAUGCUUCUGACACCAUCCACCGUGAUGUGAAAACCAUGAACAUUCUCCUUAACGAAAGUUUCAGCGUUAAGGUUGCAGACUUUGGUCUUUCAAGGUUGUUCCCUAACGAUGUCACGCAUGUCUCCACUGCCCCACUAGGGACCCCGGGUUAUGUUGACCCGGAAUAUCACCAAUGCUACCAGCUUACAAACAAGAGUGAUGUGUAUAGUUUUGGGGUUGUGCUUAUUGAGCUAGUAUCAUCUAAGCCAGCUAUCGAUAUGAACAGGCAUAGGGAUGAGAUUAACUUGUCUAGUUUAGCCAUAAAGAAGAUUCAGCAAAGUGCAUUUAGUGAGCUGGUUGAUCCUUCUCUUGGUUUUGAUUCGGACAUUGAGGUGAAGAGGAUGAUGGUUUCGGUGGCGGAAUUGGCUUUUCAGUGUUUGCAACGGGACAAGGAAUUGAGACCCUCUAUGGAUGAGGUUUUGAAGGUGCUCAUGAGGAUUGAAAGUGGGAAGGAUAUGGCUGAGCAUAUGGAUGAAGAAGAUUUGCGUCCACCCUCUCUACCUUCCCCAGAUUGGGACGAGAAUCCAUUGUUCAAGAAGAUCAUGGCACAUCCUUCACCUAAAGCCGUGACUGAUACAUGGCAUAGUCAAUCUACUACGCCUAAUGUUAGUGCUUAAUUAAUUUUAACGCACUUAUCAUUGUAAAUGAGUUUACUAUGUUUUUUUUUUGGUGGUACGUGGAUUAUAGGAUAUGAGGUGAAUUUUAUAUACUGAAAUUAAAUGAUAACAGAAUUUAUUAUUUACUUUCUUCAGAGUUGGAUGACUUAAUUCUAGUCACUAAACAAAAAAAAGAAGGAAAAAUUGUUAAAAUUAAAACUUUGUGGUAAGCUUGCUUCUGAGUGAAAUUAAAGUUAAUUGACAAGUUCAUGCAUAUUAUUGUUAUGCAAAUCUGCGUAGAAUCAUUGUACUCGAUCUAGUGG